CGCGCACGGUGAGUAGCAGCAGCAGCAGCAGCAGCACCGGAUUCAGCGCUUCUCUGACGCACUCUCGGAGAUGAGCAUCCCAGUCCCGCAGGCUGUUAAGACAGAGUCUCAGCAUCUCCACAUCGGACCUCUGCGGUCAAGCUUUUAACUUCAACUGUCUGUUUUCUGCAAUCCUCUCUUAUCGCGAUUGUUUUUUCUUUUUCUAAAAUUUUCAUUCUGAGCGCUGCGUUUGGCGAUGCCCACAGUUGACAUCUCUUGGCUGGGAAUUUACUUCGGAGGAAAGAACUGUCAACAAGAGUGAUUGAUUUUUAUCUGGAUUCAACGGCGUGUUUUUAAUUCAUGUUUCUGGGGCAUCAUUCAGAACAAUCUCUGAUAUUUGAUUUAAUCAAAGGUGAGAAGGAGUGUUAAUUAGAGAGGCUAUGACGGAGUGGCUGUAGAUCUCCAUUUGCAACGCGACUCUCUGAGCCAUUGGAAUAUUCUUACAGAGGUGCAGUCGAAAUAUUGUCUCAAUUCAUAGUCUUAAUCCACACAACCGGUUUGCCCACUGCAGGGGCCUUUGCAGCUUUUUCUUAAAAAUUCGAAUUUCUCUUGACGGGUGGGCGUCUGAGCAUCCCGGACGAGCCCGAUUUUGCGAUGCCCAAGCAGUGAGGACACGGUGGGAUUUCCAUUGGUCACUGCGCACGAUAGCAUGGCUCCAGCCCGGAGGGACUGCAGCGGCUGGGAGAUAUUCUUCCCUACGGGAUGCCUGCUCCUCUCUGUUUUGCUAUUUCACCCUGCUCUAGCUAAGGUGUGCAACGACCGCACCAAACACGGACAGGACAACAGCUGGUUCACCAGGGACGGAGAAAAGUUGCCCAUAAUGGUUCUUAUGCCCAUGAACGAGUCGGCUCUGAUGAGCAGCAUCAGCCAAGGGAUCGAACCAGCGGUCCAGCUGGCUAUCCAACACAUACGGGAGUCCAGGAAGUACUCUUUCUCACUCAUCACCAAAAUCUACGAUACCGAGUGUGACAAUGCCAAAGGACUGAGGGCCUUCUUUGAUGCCAUAUGCUACGGUCCCAAACACCUGAUGAUCUUUGGUGGUGUCUGUCCCUCUGUAACAUCCAUCAUUGCGGAGUCCUUGGAGGGCUGGAAUCUGGUCCAGCUCUCAUUUGCAGCAACAACCCCAGUUCUGGCCGACAAGAAAAAGUACCCCAAUUUCUUCCGUACUGUUCCAUCCGACAAUGCUGUGAACCCAGCAGUGGUCAAGUUUCUCAACUACUAUAACUGGACUCGUGUGGGGACCCUCACACAAGAUGUUCAGCGGUUUUCUGAGGUGAGGAAUGAUCUGACAAAUGAGCUGGAGAAGGCAGACAUUCAGAUUGCAGAUACAGAAAGUUUCUCCAAUGAUCCCUGCGUUAAUGUAAAAAAGCUCAAGGACAAUGAUGUGAGAAUUAUCAUUGGCCAGUUUGAUGAGAAUCUAGCUUCCAAAGUAUUCUGCUGUGCAUUUAACUUGAACAUGUAUGGCAGUAAAUACCAGUGGAUAAUCCCAGGCUGGUACCAGGGUAACUGGUGGGAACAGGCAAACACGACAAACUGCACCACCAAGAAGCUUCUCACAGCCAUGGAAGGGUACAUCAGUGUAGACUUUGAGCCACUGAGUGCUCGACAAAUCAAGGGAAUCUCUGGCAGAACCCCCAAGGAGUAUGAGAGGGAGUACAGCCGAGAGCUUCAGCAGAAGGGUGUGGAGGCAAGCAAGUUUCAUGGUUUUGCCUAUGACGGGAUCUGGGUAAUUGCUAAAACCUUGACCCGAGUCAUGGAACUGCUGCGGAUAAAACAAAGGCAAAACCACUACCACAACUUCACCGUGGAUGAUCAUGAAGUAGGAAAAAUGGUGCUGGAUGUCAUGAAUGAGACUAACUUCUAUGGCGUUACGGGUCAAGUCAUGUUUCGUAAUGGAGAGAGGAUGGGCACAAUAAAGUUCAACCAGUUUCAAGAUGGCCAGGAGAUGAAAGUGGGCGAAUACAAUGCCAUUGCUGAUGUGCUGGAACUCAACAACAACUCCAUAAAAUUCCAAGGUGUAGAGCCUCCCAAGGAUCGAACGUUUGUGAGAUUACAACGCCGCCAUAUAAACGUGCCGCUGUACAGCAUCCUGUCCACAAUCACCAUACUGGGCAUGCUCAUGGCUGGGGCCUUUCUAUUCUUCAACAUCAAGAACCGAAACCACAGACUAAUCAAGAUGUCCAGUCCCUACAUGAACAAUCUGAUCAUCUUAGGAGGCAUGCUGUCCUACGCUUCUAUCUUCCUGUUUGGUCUGGAUGGAGGUUUUGUUUCUGACAAAGAGUUUGAAACCUUGUGCACUGUUCGGACUUGGAUCCUCAUAGUUGGUUACACUACAGCUUUCGGCGCCAUGUUUGCCAAGACCUGGAGGGUGCAUGCCAUCUUCAAAAAUGUGAAAAUGAAGAAGAAGAUCAUAAAGGACCAGAAGCUGUUGAUUAUCGUUGGCGGGAUGCUGCUAAUCGACUUGUGCAUUCUCAUCUGCUGGCAGAUUGUGGAUCCGCUCAGAAGGACUGUGGAAGAAUACAGCCUAGAGGCAGACCCCCAAGGCCGGGACAUUGCCAUUCGUCCCUUCUUGGAGCACUGUGAGAACACCCACAUGACCAUUUGGCUAGGCAUCGUCUAUGCCUACAAAGGACUGCUAAUGUUAUUUGGAUGCUUCCUGGCAUGGGAGACCAGGAAUGUUAGUAUUCCUGCUCUCAAUGAUAGCAAAUACAUCGGAAUGAGCGUGUACAAUGUGGGUAUCAUGUGCAUCAUCGGUGCUGCAGUGUCUUUUCUGACCAGAGAUCAGCCCAAUGUCCAGUUCUGCAUUGUAGCUCUAGUGAUCAUCUUUUGUAGCACCAUCACCCUCUGUCUGGUGUUUGUUCCCAAGUUAAUCACCAUGAGAACAAACCCAGACGCAGCCACCCAGAACCGAAGGUUAAAGUUCACCCAGAAUCAGAAGAAAGAGGAUUCCAAGACCUCUACAUCAGUCACCAGCGUCAACCAGGCCAACACCUCUCGACUGGACGGGCUUCAAACUGACAACCACCGCCUUCGCAUGAGGAUAACAGAGCUUGACAAAGAGCUAGAAGAAGUGACCAUGCAGCUGCAGGACACGCCAGAGAAAACUCCUUACAUUAAACAGAACCAUUACCCAGAUGCCAACAACAUCCUCAGCAUACGCAAUUUCACAGAUGGCAAAGAUGGAGAAAAGUCUAUACUGAAGAACCACCUGGAGCAGAAACCGCAAGCACAGUGGGGCUCCAUGGAUCCUUCCAGAAUAAACAGAGGUCCCCUGGAGGAUAUCAACUCACCUGAACACAUACAACGCCGACUAUCUUUGCAGCUACCUAUCCUGCACCAUGCUUACUUACCUUCCAUAGGAGGGGUUGAUGCCAGCUGCACAAGCCCCAAUGGAAGCCCUGGUUCCAGCCCAAGGCACAGACACAUCCCCCCCUCGUACCGGGUGAUGGUCUCCGGCCUGUGAGCUUCAUUCACUCCCCCACCUGGCUCUUUGCAAAGGAGACACAAAUGUUUUUGUUCUACAACAAAUAGACUGAUAUCGUCAGCGUAUGUGCGUAUUUUGUCUUGAAUGAGGAGAAGAGGGGGGAGAAGAGGGAUGGGGGACAACAUCUCACUCUUCACACCUUUUCACCCUGGUCUCUCAAGAACUGAUAACAGCAGUCAAGAAGGGGUGGGAGAUGACAGAGUGGGUACUGGAUGACACACAAAAACUCCUGUGAUUAACGUGUGUUGGCCAUCUGCCCCCCCUCUCCCCACCAAGGCAAAUACACAUACGUACAGUCAAACAGAUAAUACAAACACAUGCACAAACACAGUGAUACCCCAAUAGCAGAGCAGCGGCAGACCAGCCCUAAUCUGACGUGUAGCCUUAUCUGCUUCAGAGGGGAUUGUCUGUUUCUGUUCCUUGUCUGUUGUAUGUACUGUAAGUGCUCGCGGCUACAUGUGAGCUUGUUAUUUAACUUUAGUCUUUCACUGCUUUAGUGAUUGGAUGUCAGUUUGGGGACACAGAGUUUGCAAAACCCCUCUAAAGAAAUCAUCCCAAUCCCCUUCCCAAACUUGUGCAGACAUGUAAAUAUCAUUAUUUCUGGCAUUGGUGUACUGUAAGCUUUGUAUAUGCUGUGAAUGGACAAUUGACUGGGUUCUAAGCAUAGAGCUUGCAACAAAGGCAGGAUCAUUUCAAAUGAAAGCUUAUAAAACAUGGUAUCCUAAAAUUAGGCAUUGAAGAGAUUUACAUUUGUUUGUGUAAUCAUCGAUAUAUAAAUUUAUGGGCAUCAAAGUCUACCUGAAACAUAAAAAUGCUUCAGGGAGCCCAUUUCUCUAACAUAGGGUGAGAUGCACGCAGCUCUUUAUUCCACUUUCCUAAAGUUUUGCCACUAGUUUUUGUCAGAGACUUCCUGUCAGACUGCAUAGGCUUCAUAUUUUAACACUUGAUUAAUUUGUCCUUAAAGCAUGUUUUACAGAUUAUUGAUGCUGCCUUUUAACAGGUCUCAAAGGUUGCAUAUGUUAGAAAAUAGAGCUAAAAGAUGCCACAAGAGUGUUUCACAGUUGUCUUCAAUGUGUGUUCCAUGCCAACACAUGCACACAUACAUAUGUAUGCUUAAAACCCAACAGAGCAUCUUAUGGAUAUAGGUGUUCUGUGCAUUCAUGACGGGCCAGGUCAUAUUGAAACCCACAGAAUGGUCUCCGUAGACUGUUAAGAUGUCCGUCUGAUCUAGCCCUCACAACUAACCAGCACAGUUAAAGGUGAUGGGGGUGUCAAAGGCAAAAAGGCACAGACUUUAAAAUCAAUAUAACUUUGUCAGGACAUACAACUAAGGAAGUGAUAGUGGAAAGGAUGUAGGUCUACCAGUUCCACAGCUUGACUGGAUGAAAAGGUUGACCUGAAUUUCCAUACGGAGCUGUGAUGGUAAUAAACACAUGGGACUCUUGCGUUAUAAGCCCAACCGACUGUAGCUUCAGUUCCAAGACAGUGAUGCCACCACUGCUGGUCACAGUGAUACAGCACAGACACAGGGCUUUCUUUCAAAGAUAAUACUGAGUGUCAUUAAAAAUCACUUCUCACUUAGCAACAGUGAACAUACCUCAGUUGCUAUGGAAAUGUAAUUUAGUGCUGCUGACCUUGACUCAAGAAGGCUGCAUUAGGCACAACAGUCAUCAAGAGAGCUGUUUUGUUUGUUUGUAUGUUUGUUUGUUUGUUUGUUUGUUUGUUCUGUUUUGUUAAACUUUUUUUCACGCAGGGCAAAAGCAAAGGAGGACAACUGGUUAAAAAAUAAAAAGAAAAAAAACUUUUUUUUAUAAAGUGUGAGAAGGUUUGUUCUCAGCAUAUUGUUUCACCAUUGGUGUCUUGGUUUUUAGUUUCUACGGCGUGUGUUGAGCGCUGUGCCUGUUGUCUUAUAUUGUAGCCUGCAGUACCCACACUACAUACAUAGCGUUAUAAUUCCGUUUACCCAGCAAACAACAUUGGCCACACAUCUGUUACUUGUACAAUGUGUCAUAAAUUAAGUUAAAUUCCAUUCCUCAGUGAAAGAGACAAUUUGGGAUGUACACAGCAACGGCUCCACUUCAGCUGGAUAUUUCUUCUGUAAGCUGGUGUCUGAACAUGAACACUGUCAAUCAGUCUUCAGCUGAAAAUGAAAGGGGAGAAUUCAGAGAACGGGGAGACAAGCCAGCAAAGAUCCACCUGCUGUCGGACAUAUCAAGGUGACUCCCGGUGAAAGCUCCUCCUCCUUUCAGCCCCUGGAGAGCACAGGAGCAGGGAAACCCCGAGCACAGAUCUCCAAGGAGUCACAUCUUCUCCUGCACCUUUGCCAACCAGUGAACCACAGUUACAAAUGUUGUGAGUGAGACAUUGCCAGAGGGUUGGUUCUUCCUUCAGGAGAAACACAAAACCAACUGCACAUUUUAUAUAUUACAUUAUACGUGAUUGUGUACAACUUGCUGAUACCCUGAUGAUGGUGUCCAUGUAUGAAAUAUUUGGUAUUUGGCUUUCUCAAGAUGGCAUGAAAUAAAAAUGUAUAAUUCACAGUUACAUCUGUUUUUGCAACUGUUGUGACAAAUCCACACUUGUUCCAUCCUCUCACCUGCAAUUUGGUAUUACAUGUACUUCCUUGCAAAACCAUAGAUUUCAGUUAUUUUGACCUCUUGAUCAGUUCACACAUGUCAAUGCCAAGAUUCUCAGUGGACAAACUAAACAUUUUCUUAACUACCAUGCAAUUGGUUUAGCAGCUGUUCACUGAGGGCAAUAAAACAAAAGUAGCAGCUAAUAAUCAAUCUAAACAGACUUUCCCUCUUAUUUAAGAAAUUACUAAAUUACCAAUACUAAUCCAUCCAAAAUACCAAAUAAAGAUCAUCAGUUGAUGUUUUUUUCCUUUUUUUAAUAUGCCCUUUUUUUAAAUUGUAAAGUGUCAUGAUUCAUUUCAAUCUUUUUCAUGAAUGAAAAUUUGUUCAAAUGCAAUUGUCGUGGGUCAAGGGCUCAUAAUUUCCUGUAAUAAAUAGUGUCAUGCUGAUGGUUCGUAUUUGCAACAGGUCUUUUUACCUUUUCUGUUUCAAGUUUAAAGUGACAUAUAUGAUUAUAUUUGUAUGUUUCAUCAUCAAGGUCUCUGGAGAACACAAAACAUACAUGUGCAGAAAUAUAACAGUAUGACGAAUAUAUAAAGUGGAGAAACACACAGGUUCAUACUGUUUUGUCAGUGUGAUAUGUGGAACCACAUGGCAUUAAGUUCAAUUAAGACUUUAAAAAUGGUAAACUAAAACUAUAUUAAAUGCAACAUGUUCAAGCGGGGCAAUAACUUGUUUUCUUAUUACAGAAAGAAUAGAGAACUAUAUAUAUAUAUAAUAUAUGUAUAUGUAAAGAUCUUUACAUACAUUCUCAUUUUUACAUAGGAAAUAUUUCACAAAUACACCACAGGGGUUAUUGGAAGUCUUUUUAUUUAUUUACAGUAUCUGUAACAAUGUUAUGUACAGAUGAGGUCUGGAUAUCGAAAAGUUGUAUAAAAUAAGUAUCACACAUGGAGCACCUGAACAUUUUUGAGCCAUUAGUUGUUAAUGAGGGGAUUUGGAAAAAACAUUCUUCUGUUAUUGUCUGAAUGUUAUGGACAGCCUUUACUUUUCACAUCAUCGUUAAAUAAAGUGCGACUGAAACUUG